AUGACACCCAUAGAAUUUCUCGAAUUUCGUGGUUAUCUCAGUGCAGGCAGUGGAUUUCAAAGUCUCCAGUUUCGUAUUAUUGAAAUGAAACUCGGUUUGACCGACCGAUUCCGAAGUUCCUUCAAAACGAAAUAUUUCACUGGGACAAUGUUUAAAGGUGAACAAAAUGUCGAAUUAGAACAAGCUAUAAACGAAGAAUCAUUAUUGAUUCAAAUCGAGAGAUGGUUGGAAACCAUUUAUGAUAAUACAUCGUUCGAUUUUCUUACCGUAUUCACAUCGUCUGUAGAACAUUUUAUCGAGCACGGAAAGAAGCAAAAAAUCAUGAAUGGUGUUGCUAUCGAAACCGCUGAAAGAGAUGUGGAGACGUCGAAACGACUAUUUGCAAGUAUGAUCGACUCAAGUGAAUAUCAAAAACUACUGAAUAAUAACGAACGUCGAAUUAGUCAUAAGGCGAUGUUAACCGCACUAAUGAUUUCACUCUACCAUCAACAACCUUGCUUUCAACAGGCUUAUCAAAUGCUCGGCUUACUCAUGGAUGUCGAUGCUCUGAUGGCGAGCUGGCGUUAUAAACAUAUGCUUUUGGUUCAACGUCAAAUUGGUCGUAAACCAGGCACAGGAGGCACUGGUGGUUUCUCUUAUUUGCAGCAAACUAUCACGUAA